GUUAUUGGGCAGGCACUGCUGCUGAUCUAAUAUGAGUACAAUGGCUGGCAAUUUCCAAAUAGUAUAGUCAAUAGAAAAGUAGGUUAUUGGGAAGACUAGCCCAAAGACCAGCCUCAGAUACCACACAUGACUCUGCAGUUUUGUCUCCGAGAAGUCUGAACACAGAAAAGAGAAAAGUACAGAAAUUUGUGAAGAUAAUAGAGCUCUUGAGUCUUCUUCUUGGGUCAUCAUCCAUUUCAUCAAAGGAGAUCUUGAUCUCUUCCAAUGAACAACAAACCAAGCUCAGCCACACCACCAUCAUCAAAGCCCACAUGGGUCCUGCCCUACAAGACCCAAAACCUCACUGACCUCUACACUUUGGGCAGGGUACUUGGCCAGGGUCAGUUUGGCACCACCUACCUCUGCACUGAAAACUCCACAGGCCACCAAUAUGCCUGCAAAUCCAUCCCAAAGCGCAAGCUUCUUUGCAUAGAGGACUAUGAGGAUGUGUGGAGGGAGAUUCAGAUGAUGCACCACCUCUCUGAGCACCCCCAUGUGGUGAGGAUCAGAGGCACCUAUGAGGACUCAGUCUCUGUGCACUUGGUGAUGGAGCUGUGCAAAGGAGGAGAGCUUUUUGAUAGGAUUGUGAAGAAGGGUCAGUACAGUGAGAGAGAGGCUGCAAGGCUCUUGAAGACCAUUGUUGGGGUUGUGGAAGCUUGCCAUUCACUUGGGGUUAUGCAUAGAGAUCUAAAGCCUGAGAAUUUCUUGUUUGAUAGUGAGGAGGAAGAUGCUGCUCUUAAAGCCACAGACUUUGGCCUCUCUGUUUUCUACAAGCCAGGUGAGACCUUUUCUGAUGUUGUUGGUAGUCCUUAUUAUGUUGCCCCUGAGGUGCUGAGAAAGCAUUAUGGACCAGAAUCAGAUGUGUGGAGUGCUGGAGUGAUUUUGUACAUUUUGUUAAGUGGGGUCCCUCCAUUUUGGGCUGAAACUGAGAUUGGGAUUUUUAGGCAGAUUUUGCAAGCAAGAUUGGAUUUUGAAUCUGAACCAUGGCCUGGGAUUUCAGAAAGUGCUAAGGAUCUGCUUAGGAAAAUGCUUGAAAGAAACCCAAAGAAAAGGGUAACUGCCCAUGAGGUUCUUUGCCAUCCAUGGAUCAUAGAUGACACCAUGGCUCCAGAUAAGCCUCUUGAUUCUGCAGUGCUUUCUAGGCUGAAGCAGUUCUCAGCCAUGAACAAGCUCAAGAAGAUGGCUUUAAGGGUCAUAGCUGAGAGACUGUCUGAGGAAGAAAUUGGUGGGUUGAAAGAGCUGUUCAAGAUGAUUGAUGCAGAUGACAGUGGAAGCAUCACAUUUGAUGAACUCAAAGAGGGCUUAAGGAAAGUGGGAUCUGAGCUUAUGGAGUCGGAGAUUAAGGAUCUUAUGGAGGCUGCUGACAUUGACAACAGUGGAACAAUUGACUAUGGUGAGUUUCUUGCAGCCACAGUGCACUUGAACAAGUUGGAGAGGGAAGAGAAUUUGUUAUCAGCCUUCUCCUUUUUUGACAAAGAUGGUAGUGGGUUCAUAACCAUUGAUGAGCUCAGGCAAGCCUGCAGGGAGUUUGGAUUAGGUGAGCUUCAUCUUGACGACAUGAUCAAAGAAAUUGAUCAGGACAAUGAUGGGCAGAUAGAUUAUGGAGAGUUUGCUGCAAUGAUGAGGAAGGGUAAUGGAGGAGGCAUUGGAAGGAGAACUAUGAGAAGAACAAUGAAUUUGGGGGAUGCUUUGGGGCUAGGACUUGCUGACAAUGGGCUCCAACUAACUGAUUAGAGUUCAAUUAGGAGUGAUCUCUUUUUUUGGUGAUACAAUCAUAUUUUCAUGAAUCAUGGGGAGAAAUCUAUGGCGUAAUCUUAAUUUUCAUCAAUUACUAGCAAAAAGAAAUUACUACCUAUGGGUAGAGAUUCAGAUUGAAAUCUUCCUGUAAGCAAAAAUAUUUUAGUUGGAAUUACAUUGUUUUCUUUUUUUCUUC